GUCGAUCCUUGCUAUCAAUACUCAAACCUGAGUGAAGCCAAUCGAAACAAAGAUUACAUAACUCCGGAAAUUGGACCAGUGUUAUGUGACAACGAACUCCUUGUGGGAUGGUAUCGUUUUGUGGGGGAUGCUGGAACAAAAAUACCAACAAAACGUGUGUCAGCAUACAGAUGUGGUACAGACUGGUCAGGCUGGUUGAAAGGUGCUCAUCCUACACUGGAAGAUGGUGAAGUUCAGAGAACGGUCUGCUUUAGUGAUCGCUCUGCUGGUUGCAAAUACUCAGCAAAUAUUUCAGUAAAAAACUGUGGAUCCUACUUCAUCUACAUACUUCGCCCACCUAGUUGUACCUCACGCUACUGUGGUACAGACUGA